AUUUCUAUCGUUGUCGCUAGCUCUCUUGCUACAGCGUCCUCUUUCUUAGCAGACUGGAUUGAUCUGAAAUAGAAAGGUUAGCAAGACACGAGGCUGACGGCUCGUGGUUUGGGCAGUUGUGAACAACGCGUAGUUGGAGUCAGACGAAGAGAGAACUGUCUACUAUAGGAAGGUGUUGUUCAAAGUGUUUAGUACUGCAGUAAGGAUUGAGAAAAGUCUCUAAAUUUCGUGACAAGGUCUUAUACAGUGUGAGAAUGAGAAGAGAUAUAUUCAAAUGAAGAUACCAUGCAGUGUUUAAGAGGAUCUCCUGGAAUAAUGGUUCUUCUCUACUACAUAUUGUGUUUGUGGACAGAGGUCGCUGCAAUGUGUCCCAUGCGAUGUAAGUGUGAUGAUCAAAGUUUAAGAGUUUUAUGUGGUGAUGCUAACUUAGAUGUUGUCCCAAUCACACUGAACCCAGAACUUCGAGAACUUGUACUGAAGAACAAUCACAUCAAAGGUAUAAUGGCUUCCUUCAGUGUUUACCAUAACUUGGAGUAUUUAGAUGUUUCACAUAAUCAGCUAGUAGAUCUAGGAGAAUUUAACUUCAAGAUGCAAAGUCAUCUGGGAUCUCUUAUAUUGAAUAGAAAUAUGAUAUCCUUAAUUCAUAACAACUCAUUUGCUGGUCUUCAACAAUUAAAGGUGUUAUAUUUAAACGAAAACUUUCUAGAAGACAUCCCACCAAGGGCUUUUGUGCAUUUACCAAAUCUGGAAACGCUGGAUCUCUCGCAAAACAGAAUCGCUACCAUUUCGAAUGAUGCAUUUCAGGUACUUGGAAAAAUCAGGUCUCUGUUAUUAAGAGACAACAAACUCAAUUACAUUCCUCGUAUAGCAUUCCGGGUCCUUCCUACUUUGAUAAAGCUAGAUUUUGGGUUAAAUACCAUAACCGAGAUCCCUAAACGGGCAUUUGCUUCUCUGAAACAUCUUGAAGAACUCUCUUUAGAUGGCUGUGGUCUUCGUAAAAUUCAUUCUGGUGGAUUUCAACAGUUAAGCUCAGUUCUUGUUCUUAAUCUUCACGAUAACGAAUUUCAACAAAUUCCUACAGUCGUGCUGAAUGAUCUCCAUCGCUUAGAAGAACUUAAUAUUGGACAAAAUAAAUUUCGAGAACUUGGACCAUACUCCUUUCAAAGACUGAAAUAUUUAAGAGUUGUUAGAAUUAGCGGCUCACCAUUCUUCACUAGCAUUCGUAAAGACGCUUUUCUUGGCAACAUAUAUUUACAGGAACUUUUUAUAUCUCAUAAUAAACAUUUAAACCACAUUGAAUCACAAACCUUUGAUGACCUUCCCAACCUAAAAUACGUAAGCCUUCGUGGAAACGCCUUCACUAAAUUUGAUCAUGAUUUACUCCCGUGGCAUAAUAUUGACGUCUUAGACAUAAGAGAUAAUCCAUUAAUUUGCAACUGUAAAAUUCUGUGGUUAAGAAAGUUGUUAAGAAACAAAAAUGUUUCUUCAGAAGCUCCCAGUAACGUAAUGGACGUACAUUGUGCAAGUCCUCCUGGAUUGAAAAACGUUUUGCUUACAGAGGUCACGAAAGAAGACCUCGGGUGUUACGUAGAGAAUAGAAGACAACAAAUGAUUAUUGGCAUUAUCGUAGCUGCUGUCAUAGCUUUAGGGGCUCUUAUCUUUCUGGGUUUCUGCUAUAGAGAGAAGCUUGCUGUAACUCUCAAGAAUAAGUGGACCCCUGGGAGGAAGGAACCUCAGUACCAAAAAACAGCCUGCGUGGAGGAAGAAAACGCUGCUGUGCUACAAACGACAGCUCAGCAGUCGCUCAAGAUGACGCCAACUACUGAGCUUUAGAAGCAAAUUAAAAAUUAAGAAUAAAGUGCGCAUUAGCCUUUUAUCGAAUUCCCGGCAUAAGCUAAUCUUUUUAAAACCAAAACUUCUUACACUUCCAGUUGUUUUAAGUUCUGUAUCUAAUGAUGUAAUUAAAAGUUAAAUUAGCAUUGAAAAGAACGUAUUUGAUCUAUAUAUAAUUACUGAAAUCAGAAACAAACAAUAUAUUAUUAACAAUUAUGGAUGAUGGAAUAAGAUUAUGUGUGAGAGCAAGUUAGGUUAAACAACAAGUGGCAUCAGGUUAGUGUUAAGAAAAGUUAUGUGUUACAGCGAAGAUACGAAACUGGUGAUACAAAGUAAGGAAAGCUAGAAGCAUUUUGACCAACGCUUUCCAAUUUCAGUUUUAUCGUUACUUUAUCUAUAUCUACAGGGUGUCACUACAUCACCCCAUCCUAUAACAUCACACAAUAACACUUAGUAAUGUGAUUUGGGUGAAAUCACUAAAAUUGUCACAGUUGAAUGAAUGUGCUGAAGUACAUAUUUUGUGACUGAACCUUCAAAACUUAUGUUGAACAUAUGUCGCACUCUCUACAUUUACAUUCAACAGCCCAUGUUUCGUUCUUUUACAAUAAACUAUCACCAUUUUGAACAUUUUGUGAUGUCGAAUGAUUACCGUCUUGCAAAAUUUUGUAAAAAAAAAA